CGGUUGCAUCGGCCGAGUGAUCCCACCUUCAUCCAUCACUGUCGCAUCUCAUUCCGCCAUGUCGUUUGAUCGCUUGAAUUCUCUAGAGGCACAGCCUACAACUUUGCGUCGCUCCGACGACCCUCAGUAUCGAGAUGACCCUGAAUUCCACCGCCUGACCGAGAGUCUUUCCAACCGCCUGUUUACCCUGACCUCCAACAUCACCCGACUGUCCGACCAGAUCGCCCUGCUAGGGACAAGGCGGGAUACGGAGCGUGUGCGCGAACGAGUCCACAAUCUGCUGGAACAGACUCGCUUGGGAUUCAAGGAUGUCGGAGAGGGAAUCAAGAAGGUUCAAACAUGGGAGGAUGUCAAUCCCUCCCAAAAAUGGACUCAGCAGAAGUUGUCUUCGGAAUUCAAGGCUACACUAGAAGAAUUUCAAACCGUUCAGCGCCGUGCCCUAGAGAAGCAACGCGCAUCCGCUGUGGCGGCUCGGACUGCCGUGGAGGAGGGGGAAUCUACGGCCGAGGGGGGUCACCAUGAGCUGCAACAACAGGAGCAACUACUGGAGGAGCAACCCCGACUGGCGAACCAGGAUGAAGUGGACUUCCAGGAGUCCCUUAUUAUCGAGCGCGAGGCCGAGAUUCGCAACAUUGAGCAAAGCGUUGGCGAACUCAACGAACUGUUUCGGGAUGUGGCUCAUAUUGUUCAUGAGCAAGGUGGACAACUUGACAUCAUCAGCGAGAAUGUCGAGAGAGUCGGCGAUGACACUCGGGGGGCCAACGUCGAGCUCCGUAGCGCCAGCAGAUACCAGAAGAAUGCGCGGAACAAGGCGUGCUGUCUGCUUGUCAUCCUUGCCGUUAUUCUGCUGAUUAUUGUUCUUGCGGCGACUCUGGGAUAGAACCGAGUGUCGAUUUUCCCUUCUGAUUCACUGCGCAACCACGACACUCGGUGUCGCAUGUCAUGACUGUCCUCUCUUUGAUGAUAUCCUCUCGAUGUACGUUUAUGCAUAUGCUUGUGCUUCUUUACUAUUGCAGGUGGCUUGUUGUCUUCUGUCAUGUCGAUCUCUAUGGGUUCGCAGGCGCAUCCGGAGCGAGGAUGUGUUAUUUACAUUUGUCGUUCUAUCUUUCCAUGCCUUAUAUCAUACAUAGCUUCUUUUAUACAUGAACUGUACACUGCGACGAUUACCCAAGAC